AUGAAGCAGUCCUCGAUCGAUUCGUCGUCGUCUAGCGCGCGUCGAAGGUCGCUGGCCUUUCUCGCCUCGGCCAUCACCAUGGGCUCGAUCGCAGACCAACAAGCCGCCGGCGACGACCGCGCGUCCCCGCGCAACCUCUCGUCGAGCAGCCUCGACCUGCACCGGCCCAGCACCGCCAUCGGCACCGUGUCGCCGGCCGUGGCGGGCGCGAGCUCCGAGUCAAAGCCGGGCUUGGCCCCACCUAUAGGCGAACCGCUGCAUAAACCGCUGUCGUCGGGGCUGCCCACCGUCGAGAGCCCCACCGAGGACGCCAGACCGAGCCCCAUGAGAAACCCCAACCGGCCGAGGCUGGUUGCCAAGGGUGCGACGCGCGAGGACGCUGUCCCGUCGGCAUUGACAGAGUUCCUCAAGAUGGACGCCGCCACCCCCGGCGGCAACGGCCGUGCCAAGGUCCACAAAACGGCCGCCGCCAUGUACGCGGACGCUUACCGCUCGUCGUCUGAUGAAGACGGCCCGGACAUUCAGAAGCCCGCAUCGCGGCAGCCAGACCGCUCGGCGCCAAAGAGGAAAGGCAAGGAGGAGGACACCGAGCACGCCGUGGCACGGCACAAGGGCAAGGCGCCCUCAGGUCGCCGCGGCUCUGCCGACCACCGGAGCGGUAUGUCGAACCUUUCGCGCGCCGAGUCGGGCCGAUCCACCGCCGGAAGCUCAGAGGCCAAGAGGAGCGCGCUGAGUGUCUCGCCAAAAGCCUCUCGGGCCGCGGUCAAAGGCACGUUUUCGGCAGCGCCCGCAGGCCCGAGCAUGGGCGGCUACGUGUCGCCCUUCUACGUCGCCCCGCUGACCUCGGUCGAUGGUGGCAUCGGAUCGCGCAGCAGCCGCCCGACCGGCAGGCGGGCCAGCGCCAGCUCGCGGUCGAUUGCGAGCGAUGAGUCCAAGAGUGUCAAGAGCGCCUGGUCCGGUUCCGGCCCGCAGGCCAGCCGCAAAGGUUCACAGAGGGCAGGCUCGUCCAAGACCUCCAAGAAAGCACCCGGGGACGUCGACGCCGCAAGCCAGGAUCUGGAGUCGGCAGCGCGGCGCACAAAGUCACACACCAACCUCAAGGCAGCGGCAAAAGAGGCCGAGGGGACGGAACCUAGCCAUGGACGCACAGCCGCCGACCGCCCGCCUGAACCCGAAGAGGCUGCCACUUCGUCUUCGGCCUUGCAGGCGCGCCGCCCAUCGCUCGGCAUACCUGCCCCUUCCAAGGCGAGCGGCGCAUCGCUGACGGCCGCAGCCGCCGCUCCGGUCUCGCCCUCGCAGAAUCGCUCGCGCAGCGCCUCGAGUUCGUCGAUGUUCGGGCAGCGCCUCUUCCGGCGACCACGCACCGCCGGUGGCGACAUGAGUGCGCAUCCGGUCCCGAGCCUGCAGGACCCUCAGGCGGCCGAGCCGAGUCAGCGGGCCGCUUCCUACGACCUGCUCGCCUCGCCGACCGACUCGAUCGAAUUCGAGAUGCUCGACACCAGCGCCAAGACCCUCGACGUGUCGAGGCCCCAGCGGGGCAACAGCAUCGGAGACGUCGGCAGGCUCUCCCACGACGUCCCCCGUGCGCCCAACGAGCUGACCGCGAGCGGCGAUCGCGAACCUCGUGGACGGAGCAACUCGAUCGCAUCGAUCGACGUGCGCAACGUUGGCGGCCGCGGCGGCUCGAACUACGGGCGGGCCUCGUCAGAUGCUUACGGCGCAGAUCGAGCGUCUGGUGACGCCGUGGACCGGCGCGGCUUUUCGCCCUCGAGGCUCGAGUCGAGCGGUGGAGCGGCCAACCUCUUUGGCGGCGGAGGGGCUCCGCGACAGAGGACAUCGUCCCUCCUGCCCACCUUUGGCUUUGGUCGGACCCGCACAUCCUCCAACGCCGGGGCGGGCAGCGCAACGCCGGGCGGCGGCCGGAGCGGCGCCCGAAGCCCCGAAUUCGGCCACGAUGGCUCGAGCUCGGUGGCCGGCCUGCCGGCCCACGAGAGCGGUCCAAAGUCGUUUGCGGCUGCUCUCGCCGGCAUCGCAGCGGGCGAGUCUUUAGCCCAAGGUGGCGGUGGGAUGCGUCGCAAGAGCAGCUUCCGCGCCUUGACCGGCAGCCGCAAGGGGUCCGCCUCGGGCCCCGGCGGCGAGUUCAAGGCUCGGAACAACAGCACGAGCCUGCAUCCGGAGGAGUACGUGCCUCGAACCAGUCGCGACUCGGGCGACGAGAGCCGAUCGGCGGGGCGCGCCAGCAUAUCCUCGACGCGAAGGUCGAGCUCGUCGCGCACGUCGUUCCAGCGUCGGCCGUCGAGCCGCAACCACGACUCGGCGACGGACCUCGACUCGCCCGGCAACGCGGUGGCCAAGCGGCCGCCCAAGGAGACGGCGCCGCUGAGCGACGAGAGUCCGGAAGAGUACGCCGAGCGCAUCGCCGACACCGUGCCCAAGACCGAGAUCGCCGCGGUCCUCGCUUCGAGCGCCGACCCCUUCUACACGGCCGCGCUCCGCCACCACAUGACCAUCUUCUGGUUCAACGGAAACGCGCUCGACAUUGCGCUGCGCAAGCUGCUCAUGGACCUGCACCUGCCCAAGGAGACGCAGCAGAUCGACCGUGUGAUGGAGGCCUUCGCCAAGCGGUACAACGAGUGCAACGACGGCCUGUUUGCCUCCGACGACCAGCCCUACAUCCUGUCGUUUUCGCUCAUGAUGCUCCACACCGACGCCUUCAACAAGAACGCCAAGCACAAGAUGACCAAGGCCGACUAUCUCCGCAACACCGGGCCGAGCGGCGUGCCCACCGAGAUCCUCGAGUACCUCUACGACAAUCUCACCUUCACCCAGUUCAUCUACGUCGAGGACAAGGACGACCUGCAGCGACGCGCCAACGAGGCAGCGCUGGGCCUCAGCGCCUUCCCCGGCGGAUCAGGCGGCGGCAACGGCGCGGGCAUCGGCGGACCGUCGCUGUACUCGGCCGGCGCCACGGCCAGCCAGGUGGCCCGCGCCCGGAUCGACCCGUACUACCUGAUCGCGCAGGGCAAGCUCGGAGAGCUGCGCGCCGACAUCGACCAUCUGAUCCCCGAGGACACGCCGUUUUCGUACACGGGCACCCUCGCCGGCUUUGACAUCGACCGCCUCAACGCCGCCUUCCUACAUGCUCCCAGCAUCGAGAUCGCCACUGGGCGGUCGGCAGCGACAGCGGCGGCCCCGGCCGCGCCGCCUCCAUCGCACUGGAUCGGUCUCGAGGCUGCAGCGCACAUGCAGUUGCACCAGCCGCCGCCGCCGCCGACGCAGCAGCCGGACGAGGUCGUGAGCCUCAAGGUCACCAAGGUCGGCGUCGUCAGCCGCAAGGACGACGUGGGCGACGGCGGGCGCAAGGCGGCCUCGCGCAAGUGGAAGACGUGCGGACUGCUUCUCACCGGCUCGCAGCUGCUGCUGUUCAAGGACAUUGUGUGGACGACGGCGCUCCAGUCGCAGAUCCUCGACCAGGUGGGCCACUCGCAGCUGUCCAACGGCAUCGGGCCGUCUGGGCCCGACGACGCCGAACCGGUCGAGGGAGGCGUCGUCAUCUCGCCCCGCAUCACCUACUUCCGGCCCGACGGCGUCAUUUCGCUGGCCGAUGCGGUCGCCGUCAAGGACAACACAUACGUCAAGUACGACUUUGUCUUCCGCCUGCUGGCGUCCAAGGGCCGCCAGUACCUGAUCCAGGCGCAGAACGAGGACGACAUGAACGACUGGAUCCACAAGAUCAACUUCUGCGCGUGCUUCCGGACGUGCGACCUCAAGAUCCGCGGCCUGGACCUUUCGAGCCGCGCGUCGUUUGCCGAGGCGGCGGCGUCAUCGUCGCUGGGACGCAGGGACAGUCGCAGCCAGGCGCGGAGGCCGUCGGCGGCCUCUGAGGCCAGGAGCUUCGCCAGCGAAGGCUUCAAGCUGAGCCACUCUUCGACGUUUUCGUCGAUGUCGGACAUCGACUCGCAGCUCGGUCCAGACUCGGGCUCGACGCUGUCUCGGCCCAGGAGCUCGGCCGCCAUGGCCGCCGCAGCAGCCCGACCCCUGAGCCCGACGACGACUGCGACACCGGGCGCCGACGAGGACCGGGACGAGGACCGCGAGGAACUCGACGAGCAGGGCGACGAGGCCUACCGGUCGCUUUCGCCCGACUCUCGCUCCCGCGCCUCGAGCCGCGCCUCGUCGUCGCACAUUAUGCCGCUGCUGCAGAAGCGCCUGGCCGCGCGGCGCGAGCUGAUGCUGCAGAAGAUCGAGGAGACGGGCGUCGCGCUCAAGAAGGUGACCGACGUGCUCGACGAGGAGCUGCGCCUGGCGCGCCACUUUGCGGUGCUGACGCCGUUCCAGAAGAUGACGCGGGACCGGAUCGAGGCUGCGGCGCUGCCGCUGUCGAGGAAGAUCAAGCAGUUGCGCCUGGAGCUAGCCAAGGAAGAAUCGCGCGUAAGGAUUCUCAAGCUCGACCUGGCCGCCGGCGAGAGGCUGGCCAGGAGCGCGGUGCCGAGCCUCCGGCUCUCGACGUCGUUUGUCAACGACGCCAAAAGGGCGCCCGGUUCGCAGCUCGCGACGCCGCAGCUGCUGGAGCUCAGCGGCAUGUCCGAGACUCAGGCGGGCUUCGAGGACAUGUUUGGGUCGCCGCCUUCGACGGCCACGGGCUCCGGCACGGGCACGAGCACGGCCGUGGCGACUCCGACGGCCGCCACACGGAGCUUUGACCCGGAGGUCACCUCGCCGAUCGAGGCGGCCGGCCGGGCUAGGCUGGCCCAGAGCCAGCGACGGCCUUCGUCGGAUGCCUCUGCCGCUGCCGCCGGCGGAUCGAACGCCCCGCCUUCCCACGGCACCCUUCCUAGCAGCCGGAUCACCAAGCCUGCCCACCAGCAACGGCACCUCACCAACCUCAAUUCGGUUUCGGAGCAGCCCGCGGACGAGUCUCCGGUGCUCGCGAGCGCUCCUCGACUUGGCGGUCCGGACGAUUCGUUCGCGUCGAGCAAGCCCAGCGAUGCUGACGCCGACGCCGAAGGCGAUCUCGCCAGCGCCGACGCGACCGACGUGACCGACGUGACCGACGCAGACGACGAGGACGACGACGGCAGGCUCGAUGCUGGUGGUGCACGACGCGAAGCUGAUCGUGGCGGCGACCGCCGUCAAAGCAGCCUCCCGGUCGAAGCCAAGGAGGCGACCGAGGGAUCCGUGUCGCCGUCGCGCUCGUCGGUCUCGCGCUCUUCGGCAUCGUUCGAGGCGCGGCGAGGCGACGUGAGCACCGACAGUCUUCCAGUCGAGGCCGACGAAGAGGUGCCCGAGGAGUGGGACAUGUCGAGGCUUGCGCGCGACGGGGGCAACCGCAUCAGCCUCGUCGACCUGCCCUCGCCCGGCGAGUUGCAGGAGGCCACCACGCGGCGCUUCAUCUUUGGCGUGUCGGAGAGCAGCACCGUCGGCUAG